GAAGAAGAUCAAGACCUGCCCUGACGCCUAUGCUAUUUUCGAGACGGAGGCCAGCCGGGACGCGGCUGUGGAGGCUGCUGAGGCAUCCGGCGGCGUCGAGUUCCACGGAAACACGCUCCGCCUCAACGCUUCUCGCGUCGAGCCGCAGACGGUUCAGUGGAAGAAUUGCGCCAACACGGAUCUCGUCGUGAAGGCCAAGCGCAUCGCUAUGGGUAUGUGCAUCAUGUUCGCCGGCCUUGCUCUUUGGGUCGUGGCCUUCUACCUGCCGUACGCGUGGUUCACCCUGACCUUCAACUACUCCUACGGCCAGGAGCCUGGCUUCGUGGCUGGCAUGACCUUCUCGAUGGUUGUCGUGGCAGGAAACGCGUUAAUGUACUUGGUUUGCAGCGAGGUGGCAGACCGCACCCGAUUCAUCUACAUCGACGACCGCGAGGUUUGCUACAUGCUCCUCUACUGCUUCGCCUGCGUCUUCAACGUGGCCCUGGACCUGAUCACCACCUACAUGGUGGCCUACAGGGUGAACGUGGGACUUCGCAUGAAGACCUAUGAUGGCACGCUGCUCUCGAAUCUGCAGUCCUUCUCCGACCGCUUUGAGUCCUAUGCCAUGCAGCGAACUUUGGCGAACAACCUGUACGCCUACGCCUUCCCCGCCACGUUCCUUAUUCCGUUCUUGAUCGAGCCUAUUGCAACCAUCUAUGCGCCCUACAAGAUCAUGGUCAUGAUCGUCCGCACGCAGCCGCACAUCAAGGGUUUCAUGGCCGAAAACUUGCUGGGUGGUCUUGUGUUUGACCUCUCGCGCUAUGCGGAUUUGAUGCUGGAUGCCAUGAUCGCGGUGCUGAUCUUCUUCUUCCCUGGAGGGUUUAACAUCCAGAUGUUCCUGGGCAUGGCUCUGUCGCAUGUUUACAUCUACGCCUUCGACCACUACCGUGUGCUCCGAUCCAUCCAGUGCUGCAACUACACGGACAAGAUGGUAGACUGGUGGUCGCAGUGGCUCAUGGCUAUUCCCUGCGGCUGCAUGCUUGCCUGCUUCGUCUUUAAGGCUAACUGCCAGCCCGGUUACUUCUGCAUGGAAGGGGACGAGAUGGUGACUGCCUGCUCCUUAGCCUUCUUCGCCCACAUCUUCCUCCACACCCUGUUGCUGAAGUUCGUGGUGCCCAAGUUUGGCUUGACCGGCGAUUCGGACGGAGCUGACACAAACACCUACAAGGAGUGCUCCCAGCGCCUGGCGUGCUCUUGGUUCACCGCCAACCCGGUCUACUGCCUGCGCUCGCAGUACGUCUACAAGCACAGCCCUCCCUGCACCUACUACCUCCCUGGCAAGGAGCACCUCAUCGAGAAGAACGAAGAGAUUGGCCUUUACUUCCAGGAUUGCCCUGCCAAGGAGGAG